GAGGGCCCGAGCGGCGGCGGCUGAGGGAGGUGGGGCGGGAGGGAAGCGGGAGAGGAGCGGAGGAAGGAGAAGGGGGAAAGGAAAGCCGCGAUGCCGCUGUACGAGGGGCUGGGCAGCGGCGGGGAGAAAACCGCCGUGGUCAUCGACCUAGGACAGGCCUUCACCAAGUGUGGGUUUGCAGGAGAAACAGGACCAAGAUGCAUCAUCCCCAGUGAAAUCAAGAAACCUGAUGUGUCAAAGCCUGUCAAGGUGGUUCAGUACAACAUCAAUACAGAGGAGCUGUAUUCCUACCUGAAGGAAUUUAUCCACAUGCUGUAUUUCAGGCAUCUGCUGGUGAAUCCCAGGGACCGGCGUGUUGUGAUCAUAGAGUCAGUCCUGUGCCCUUCACACUUCAGGGACACCCUCACCAGGGUCCUUUUCAAGCAUUUUGAGGUACCUUCUGUUUUGUUUGCUCCAAGUCACCUGAUGUCUCUCCUGACACUGGGGAUCAACUCUGCCAUGGUGCUGGACUGUGGAUAUGCAGAAAGCUUGGUGCUGCCUAUCUAUGAGGGAAUUCCAAUCCUGAGUUGCUGGGGUUCCCUUCCCCUGGGAGGAAAGGCCAUCCACAAGGAGCUGGAGUAUCAGCUGCUGGAGCAGUGCACGGUGGAUACGGGACUGGCCAAAGGACAAAGCCUUCCCUCUGUGAUGGGCUCAGUCCCAGAAGACAUAGUAGAGGAUAUAAAAGUCCGCACUUGCUUUGUGAGUGAUCUCCAGCGAGGGCUGAAAAUCCAGGCAGCCAAGUUCAACAUUGAUGGCAGUGCUGAGCGUCCCUCACCGCCUCCAGACGUGGACUAUCCUUUGGAUGGAGAAAAGAUUCUCCAUGUAGUUGGCCCCAUCAGAGACUCCGUGGUGGAAAUCCUCUUUGAACAGGAUAAUGAAGAGACAUCUGUUGCCACUUUGAUCUUGGAUUCACUUGUUCAGUGCCCCAUAGACACCAGGAAGCAGCUGGCAGAGAACCUGGUGGUGAUCGGGGGCACGGCGAUGCUGCCGGGGUUCCUGCACAGGCUCAUGGCUGAGAUCAGACACCUGGUGGAGAAACCCAAGUACAAGGAAGCUCUUGCCACCAAAACCUUCAGGAUUCACACUCCCCCUGCCAAAUCCAACUGCGUGGCCUGGCUGGGAGGAGCAAUUUUUGGAGCUCUCCAGGACAUCCUUGGGAGCCGCUCUGUGUCCAAGGAAUAUUACAGCCAGACUGGCCGCAUUCCUGACUGGUGCUGCCUCAACAACCCCCCUCUGGAAAUGAUGUUUGACGUUGGAAAAGCACCCCCACCACUGAUGAAAAGAGCUUUUUCCACAGAGAAAUAGGCACUUAAAUUCCACACAAGGAUUCUGCCCCGUUUCAACUGCAUCCAUGUGCAUCGGGGUUUGGGUUUUGUUCAUUAAUUUGUGUGUAACACUAUUAAAUAUGAACAACGUGGGUGUUGUCAGGGUGUAGGCACUAACACUGUUUAAAACCCUGUCCAGUUAUAGUUUACAAACUUAACUCUGGCAGCUCCUCUGCUCUUUUGUCUUGUUUUGAAGAAAUUCUGUCCCCUCAACGAGCUGUUCCCUACUGAGUUGUUUAUUAUUUAUCUGUAUAGUAAAUGCAUUGCUGAGA